UAAAAAAAUUUUUUUUUUAGUCGAUCGGAGUCAUAUCGGUGUGACGUCACACAACGAAACCUCGCCAUCGCAAAUUCGCGUAAACGGACCAAUCAGUGAAGAACCGGGAUCAGCUGCGCCGUUGCGAAUGACGUUUUAAGGACCACUCGAGAAUUCUGUAUCUGUCGUCGUUGUCAAAAUUUAGUCACGUUCAGCAGUGUGCGUCAUGGUACUUGAGGGGCUUCGCGUCUCGGCAACUAAUCGCGUCUAGUUUAACGAAAUAUGAAUUUAGCGUGAUACACGCGCGCGCGUAAUACGAUAAUCGCCCAGAUCCGGACGACGAUUCAACGUCAGGAUGAACGUCGUCGCCGCGUUGAAGUUUUAUAUAACGAGGAUGACGGAGGACAGCGGCCCUGGCAUGAAGGUUCUGCUGAUGGAUAAACAAACGACGAGCAUAGUCAGCCUGCUCUACAGCCAGUCCGAGAUACUGAUGAAAGAGGUGUACCUGUUCGAACGGAUAGACACCGCCGUGCACAACGACACCCUGAAACACCUGACAUGUAUAGUGUUCGUAAGGCCGACCAAGGAAAAUAUCGAUUUGCUUUGCAAAGAGCUCAGAUAUCCCAAAUACGGAGUGUAUUAUAUUUAUUUCAGUAAUAUUAUCGCCAAGGCGGAUAUAAAGCUUCUGGCGGAGAGCGACGAGCGAGAGGUAGUCAGGGAGGUGCACGAAUACUACGCGGAUUAUCUGGCUAUUAAUCCACACUUGUUUUCGCUCGGAAUAAAUGCCUGUUCUGAAGGGUUGACAUGGGAUCCGGUGCACUUGCACAGAACUGUCCAAGGAAUAACUUCGGUUUUGUUAUCGCUGAAGAAAUGCCCGUAUAUCAGAUAUCAAAACAGUUCCGACAUGGCGAAGAGAUUGGCGGAGAAGAUAAGGGAGGUGCUCAGCAAAGAAUCGAAUUCCUUCGAAUUUCGGCAGGAGUCGAAUCCCCUCCUUCUGAUAGUCGAUAGGAGAGACGAUCCUGUCACGCCGUUGCUAAAUCAGUGGACGUAUCAAGCGAUGGUACACGAAUUACUGACGAUUAAUAACAAUCGGGUUAACUUGUCCCACGUGAAAGGCAUUUCGAAAGAAUUGAAAGAAGUCGUUCUGAGCGCGGAGCACGAUGACUUUUAUGCAAAUAACUUGUAUCUAAACUUUGGGGAAAUAGGACAAACGAUAAAAGAAUUGAUGGAAGAGUUUCAAAAGAAAGCGAAGAAGCAUCAGAAGGUUGAAAGUAUAGCCGACAUGAAACACUUCGUAGAGACGUAUCCGCUUUUCAAGAAACUCUCUGGUACCGUAUCGAAGCACGUUACGGUAGUCGGAGAGCUUUCGUCCCUUGUGGAAAAGCACAAUUUGUUGGAAGUAUCAGAAUUGGAACAAGAACUAAGUUGCCAAACCGAUCAUUCCUCGCAGCUGCAAAAGAUAAAAGCACUUAUCAGCAAUCAGAAGGUACGAGAUGUGGAUACUGUAAGACUCGUCAUGCUUUACGCGCUGCAUUAUGAAAAAUACGCGAGCAAUGAUAUAAACGGUUUAGUAGAAUUACUUAAGAAGAGAAAUGUUUCAGACAAAUAUAUUAAGCUUGUAUAUAAUAUAUUGGAAUACAGCGGUGUUAACGCAAGACAGAGUAAUUUAUUUGAUCGAGAAGCAGUUGCCAAGAUAACCAAGAAGUUAUUCAAAGGAUUAAGUGGGGUAGAUAAUAUAUACACGCAACAUUGCCCUUUAAUAAAUGAAACGCUAGAGGACUUGAUAAAAGGAAAAUUAAGUACGCAGACAUUUCCAUAUCUCGGUAACAUGAUAAUGUCACGAAGACCUCAAGACAUAAUAAUAUUCAUGAUUGGAGGUGCGACUUAUGAAGAAAGUUUGGCCGUUUAUAAUUUAAAUAAGCAAAAUCCGGGAAUGAAGAUUAUCCUAGGCGGUACCACCAUCCACAAUUUUAAAAGUUUCGCCGAAGAGGUGCACCAUGCCACCAGCGGGAUCUUAAUGCGAUAUAAAAUCGGAAAAAAUUAAUUACGUUGAUGUAACGUCAUAUUCCAAAAUAUUUAUUGACUUUGUUAUACAUUUUGCUAUUUAUACAUUCAUGUAAUAUCUCCCUCUCUUUCUCUCUGUGUCACGAAUAUAGGACUAUUUUACACCAAGACUUUCGAACGUAAAUCACCGCGAAGUAUUGCAUGAAACAGAAUAUUCUUCUGCAUUU